CGCGCCUGCCUACUUUCCAACGCCGUUGCCUGCUCAACUCGCAACAUCAUAAACGGGUCGCCUCGCCGCCUGCCUCUCGAUGCAUCAAUCAUGGGCGACGACACUGCGAUGCCCGACGCUGAGGCAGCACGUGAGAGCACCCUCAUGUACGCUCAUGAGGAAGAUGAGCUCAACGAGAAGUACCCAGCUCGACCCUUGAACGUGCACAAGACGCCGCCGUUCCACACAUUGUUCACAGAGCUAUUUGACCCAUUGAUGGAUACGCAAAAGAGAAAGCAUCCUGUCGGGCCACGUCGUAAAGCUGGACCCUCAGGUCACUCGAAUCUCUCACCUCAUGAAGCCAAGAGGAAUAUUAUCGAGCGCUUCAUCAAGGACUGGCGCAAGAAUGUUGGUCACGACUUUUAUCCAGCCAUGCGUCUGAUCAUCCCUGAGAAGGACCGCGAUCGCGCAAUGUACGGCCUCAAGGAGAAGGCUAUCGCUAAAGUCUUGAUCAAACUUACGAAGAUCAGCAAGGACACGGAAGAUGCCAAGCAGAUGCUCAACUGGAAGCUGCCAGGUCAACUCUAUCGGGCUUCAUCAUCAACAGCUGGCGACUUCGCGGGCCGCUGUUACGAGGUCCUGUCCACACGGCAAAUGCGAACCCAGUACAGUGACAUGAGCGUCGCCGAGGUCAAUAAUGCUUUGGACAAACUGUCGCAGGUUGGCGCCGAGGACGAGCAGGUCAAGAUCUUCAACAGAUUCUAUAGAAGGAUGAACGCUGAAGAGAUGACGUGGCUGAUUCGCAUUAUCCUUCGACAGAUGAAGAUCGGUGCUACCGAGAAGACGUUCCUCGACAUGUGGCAUCCUGACGCGGAGCAGCUCUUCAACAUCUCCUCCAAUCUCAGACGAGUCUGCUGGGAGCUAUACGAUCCCAUGGUUCGACUCGAAGGUGACGAUACAGGUCUCAGUGUGAUGCAGUGCUUCCAACCCCAGCUAGCGCAGUUCCAGGACAAGGUCGGCUCAUUCGAGAAGAUUGUAUCACGAUUUCAGCAGAACCCUGACGAUGACAACUUCUGGAUCGAAGAGAAGCUUGACGGAGAGCGCAUGCAACUACACAUGAUGGAGGAUCCGGAAGCACCAGGCGGCAGACUCUUCGGCUUUUGGUCGCGCAAAGCCAAAGACUACGCCUACCUGUACGGAAAGCACUUUGAGGGCGAAGAAGCUGGUGCUUUGACACGGUUUAUCGCAAAUGCGUUCGGCAAGAACAUCCGUAACAUCAUCCUUGAUGGUGAAAUGAUCACCUGGGACAUGGAGACAGAUCACAUUGUUGGCUUUGGCACACUGAAGACUGCAGCGAUAUCAGAGAAGGAAAACAAGACCGACAAGAAGACUGGUCAGCGUCCUCUCUUUCGCGUGUUCGACUGUGUCUACCUCAAUGACAAGCUCUUGACGCCCUAUAUGUUGCGAGACCGCCGUCGAGCGCUUGAGGGUGCGGUCAAAGAUGUCCAUCGUCGUCUGGAGAUCCAUCCCUACAUCGAUGCACGCUCGCACACCAAAGUCGAGCCAGCGUUGCGAAAGGUGGUAGCUGAGUCCUCGGAGGGCCUCGUGCUAAAGAACCCUCGGUCCAUGUACAGUCUCAACGCACGUAAUAACGACUGGAUGAAGGUGAAGCCGGAGUACAUGUCCGAGUAUGGUGAGUCCCUUGACUGUGUCGUCAUCGGUGGUUACUACGGUUCAGGCCAUCGAGGUGGUGCUCAUUCUUCCUUCCUUUGCGGAUUACGCGUCAAGCAACAUAUCAACCCGAACGACCCGGAAUAUGAGAAAUGUUUCUCGUUCUUCAAAGUCGGCGGUGGAUUCAGUCGUGAAGACUAUGCCGCCAUCCGAGGCCGUACAGAAGGCAAAUGGAAAGACUGGAAUCCCAAGCGUCCACCACCGACCAUCGAGCUCGGCGGCCAUGCAGAGAAUCGACAGUACGAGCGACCCGAUCAGUGGAUUCUACCUAGUGACUCAGUCGUGCUGGAAUGCAAGGCUGCUAGUGUGGAGAAUAGCGACAAGUUCCGCAUGGGUCGCACACUCCGCUUCCCACGCUUCAAGCGUCUGCGCGUAGACAAGCGAUGGGAUCAAGCUCUGACCAUUCACGAAUGGAUUGAGCUGCAAGAUAAUGUCGAACAAACCCUCGAAGAGAAACAGCAAGAAUUCAAAAUCGAACAAGGUCGCCGCAAGAAACCUCGAACCACGAAGAAGCCUCUCAUGAUUGCCGGCAACGAAACCAUCACCACACCAUAUGCAGGCCCAGCGUCAAAGCUCUUCGAAGGCCUGACCUUCUAUAUUAUGACGGACCAACUUCACCCCCUCAAGAAGAGCAAAGCAGAGCUCGAAGCCCUCAUCGAAGCCAACGGUGGAAAACUCGUCCAGCGCGAUUCGCCUGACAGAAGCCUGGUCAUUAUCGCCGAUAAGCGGCUCAUCAAAGUUGCGUCCCUCGAGAAGCGCAGCUCAAAAAAUAUCAUCAAGCCAAUCUGGAUAUCGGACUGCAUCGCGCAGCACGAAGCCGAUGCAGCGCUCCCAUAUCUUCUCCCUUUCGAGCCGAACCGCCACAUGUUCUUCCUGCACGAUGGCGACUUAGAAGUCGUGGAGGGUCAUGUCGAUGGUAAUGGCGAUUCUUAUGCAAGGGAUAUUGGCGACUUGGAGGAGAUGAGGAUAUUACUUGAGGGGAUGCAGAAGCCGAAGAAGAAGAGUUUCGAUAAACAGGGCUUCCUGAAUCAACUCCAAGGUCACGGCGAGGAAGUCACGAGGCUCAAAAGCUACAUGUUCAUCAACGCAAAAGUGGCGGUGCAGGAUAGUGAUGAUCCGGCUUGGAAGCUGAAGAGCCAGAUCGCCGCGAACUAUAUUCGUUUCGGUGGGGGUGGGUUGGUACAGAACGAAACGGCUAGAGGUGUGACGCAUGUCAUUAUUCCAGACCAUGAGAAGGCCAGCAGUAACGGAGUGACAGGGACGAUGGGUAUAGCGAGGGCAGUGGGUAUCGGCUGGGUGGAGAAGUGCUGGUCAGAAGGUACCAUGGUCGACGAAGAGAGGUUCCAGUGGGGAUAAAUCUCUCACACACCUCGCGAGGUAUCAUGAGCUACACUUUCCCACAACAUUGUAACGACGAACUCAAUAGUCAAUGAACAUAAUGCCAAACCCCGCUCCGUUUUGAGUACUGCUACGCCCCUAAUGCUCCCCGUCCUGUGCACUUAACAACCCAACCGUCCUCACAAACCCUGCAGUACUCCAGAACCCUCCCCCAAAAUCGAGAUCGUACCAGUAAUUCACCGCACAGCAUAGCCCCUCGUCAUUACAGCUUUGGCUCACUUUGUGAUACCAGAGUGCAGGCAGAUACAACAUAUCUCCCUCAUCGAGCGCGACGCGCAUCGGCUGCGCGUACUUUGAAUACGGCGUCGCGUUGACAGAGGGCACAUCAGGAUCCCACGUCGCGAACGGGACAUACGUCGCCGGCUCAUCGAUCUGAAUGACCAGCUUCUCCG